AUGUUGCUUUGGGAAAUCGUCACGGCAUCAGACGAAUAUUUCCAAGCGGAUUUCCAAACGCCAGAUCCGCCUGAAUCAAUCGUCGCCGAAUACCAGGCUUCAUUUAUUCAACAUACAUGGGAUCGUUAUCAAACAUCACAAAUUACCACUGGAAUGAUCUAUGCAAGUUCCAAACUUCGACUUCUUCGUUUAGAUACUACAUACCGAGGUAUUGUCGCAAGUACACUACUAGACUAUGACAAAACGAAUGUGGAUGGUACUGUUCCAGCUUCUAUAUAUUCAUUAACUCCAACAACUGCUGCACAACCUUCUUGUCAAAUUUUGGAUAUCAAACCAUCUUAUCCCUUAUUUUCGCCCAAUGUUCUAUCGGUUUACGGUGCCAUAUUCAUUGGUUCAGUACGAGAUGAGUUUUUCUAUACUGAUCAUGGCGCACUGCAAGCGUGGCAGUUGAUUAUUACCAAUGACGAGAAUGCAGUGUUUUAUCUCAAUCGAAAUCAUACACUCAUAAGAUAUGAUUAUUCAACGCCUAUUCGAAAUACGUACGGCACAAUGCGUCUAUUUAACAUUAUUCCUGAAACCCCGAAUAUAACUAUUUUUAGUAACCCUUGUUCAUCAAAUACAACUUCUAUAAGAGACAGAAAUAAAGAAUAUCUCUAA